AUGAAAUCCCCAACGAUACCUGGCCCGGGCAGGAUGGCCCUAUAUCUCUCUAUUCUCGCCUGUACAUUGACUACCGUUCAUGCCGAUGACCGCGAUAUAUCUACAUGGGCGGAAACCGAAGUGCCUGACUGGGCCACCGCCAACGCCAUGCAACUGUCCUUGUCAGCAAAUCCCGGAUUGCAGUUUGCUGUUAUUCCUCUCACGCCAAAUCUGGGUCUGAAUGACACGACUGGUCGUGUUAUCAAAAUUGUCGAUUUUGAUGGUGUUAUGAUUGCGACAGACUCAUCCAACUACAAUAAGGUUAACAAGAAAGACGAGGUGGCUUAUCUCUCAUGCGACGACCCUAAAGACGACUCCUUCCUCAGCCCCAAUAAAAUGUUGAACACGUUGAUGCAGAACAAACCACCCAUCAAAGCGAUUAUUUUGUAUUCAACGUCGAGUACGUGGUGCUCAAUCAGCGACGCCUUCAAUCUACCAUUCACGAGUAUCUUAUCUAUGGCCGACGGAGGCGAGGCCACACAGGCUCUGAACCUAUUGAAUGGAACCAGCAGUGGUAAAAUUGUCAAUGCUAACAUCUUUGGCAACAAUACGGAUAACACGCUACCGAAGGAUGAGGGCAAAGGAGGCAACAAUACCGCUGCUAUGAGCGUCUUGUACGCCAUCACCGGUCUCAUUACCCUUCUUUUCCUGGCCAUUAUCACAACAGGCGCAGUCAGAGCCCAUCGGUAUCCCGAAAGAUAUGGGCCACGGGGUGCACUUGGUGGCAGACCGAGACAGAGCAGGGCCAAGGGACUUGCUCGGGCUGUGCUGGAUACGAUCCCGAUUGUCAAAUUCGGAAACCAGACGCCGGCAAAACCAGAUCCAGAAUUGGAACUGGAAAAUACGGAAGCAAAUGAUACUGCAACCCAGCGAAGUGCAUCGCGUCUUAGCGAGACCCGACGGCAUGAUGCGACCAUGACAGUUGCCGGUGGUGCCGAUGCCGUGUCAGCCGCAACUAGAACGUCAUCAUCUCCCGAAGGUGCCGGUGAAGGCGCAAGUGACCAACAAUGCUCUAUUUGCACAGAGGACUUCAAAGUUGGUGAAGAUGUUCGAGUCCUGCCUUGCAAGCAUCAGUUUCAUCCCGCUUGUAUCGACCCAUGGUUGAUUAAUGUGUCCGGCACGUGUCCUUUAUGUCGCUAUGAUCUACGACCAGGCAAGGGUGCUGCGUCUGAGGAAGGGGCUGCUGAAGAUUCCAGUUCACUGCCACCGCCUUUGGUAAUGGAGGAGGGUGCGGAGAAUGAUGUGCCUCAGUCAUCGCAUCGCAAUCGUCUAUCUCGACUAUUUGAUAUUAACCGCCUUCGAGAAGGAACCGUGGAAGAGCAGAUGGACGCGUUGAGACGAAUGCGGGCGGUAGCUAAUGAGAGCGACCACCAAGAAACAACAAGUGUGGUCGAAGCCUCCGAUGGGGAAUCUCGAGGCCAGAGCGCACGAUUUGCAGCAAGGUUAAGGGAUAAAUUCCGAAUUCGCACCCGAGCUCAAGCUAUGGAAGACGAAGAUAGCCAGCGCGGGCACUAA